AUGAUUGGCCCGGAUGCGGGCUCAACGACGGUGGCGAUGGCAGGUGAUCGAGGGCGCGUGCAGCGCGCGUGGGAACUGGCGUGGUGGCUAGCCGCCAUUGUCGCGCCCGUCGCGAUGAUUAUCAUGGUGAAGGCCGUGCCGCUCGAAGCCACUCAAGUGCAAUUCCUGCAGGAGUGCCAGGCAGCAUGGGGGCGGAGCAUCCCCGGGUGGAGUGGUGCGAGUCCGGACUGCAGCAGUGCCACGGGCCUCACGUGUGACCCCUCCGGCAUGAUCGUGGUCCUGUGA